AGGAAGCAAGAAUGAAGAGAAGAACAAAGAAGAAAAAAAUGAGAACAAGAAAGGGAAACAAGGAGAAGAAAAAGGAGAAGAAAAGACACGGAAAAAAAGAGGAAAGGAUAAGCUUCCAAUGUACUUGCGUUCACCUUUCAUGGUUGAACAUGAAAAACUUUUCAAGAAUGUGGACAAUAGAAAGGUAGCUGAGUAUGCGUUUGCUCAAGGAGAUAAUAAGGAGCUUUUGUAUGCUGAUAACAUGGGGACAACGAUUACGAGAGAUGAGAUUCAUAGUCUCAUAGAAGAUAAGCACAUGUUGAACAAUGUUGUGGAUGCUUAUGUUUGCCUAUUGAAUUUUGAAAAUAAAAGACGUGGUGUAGACAAGAAGAGUAGAUUCUUUUUCAGUACUGAAUGCUAUGUAUGUUUUCGGAUCCUUUUGCAUGGAGUUCACUUAUAUAUCGACUGUGCAUUUUAAUGGAUCCUUUAGAACAUAGGGGUUGUUAAUUGGUUAGGGGUUGUUAGUAGUGAACUUGUGAUUGCAGGGCUGAAAACAAACUUUAGACCAUAGGUAGAAAAAAUUUGGAACAUAAGAAAAAAUUAGAACAUAGGUUGAAAUAAUUUAGAACAUGGGCUGAAAAUAAACUCAAUCAAACCUUAUCAUGUUUCUGUUUCAUUUGUCUUUUAAAUUUCUAGUUUACUCAUUCUAUUUUGGGUUUUUCACUCUCUAGCAUGUUCUAAACUAUUUUUCAGCAUAUUCUAAAUUAUUCCUAUGUUCAAAAAUAUAAUAAUAAUGUUGGAAUGUUACUAAUGUUUUUGAUUUCUUAAUGUUG